UUAGAAACCCGGUACCUAAACAAUGAUUCUCGCUUCCUCCAUACCAAAUAGUCCCUCUCCUGGCCAGCAACCUCUUACAGAGCCACGACAUCCAAAUUGUAGCCAUUUACCUCAUUCGCGACCGAUUUACCCUCCCCCCUCCUGCUGUGCUUAAACGCCUUACGUUGCACGUAUCAAUAUUUAAAUCCCUAUUUUUCAACUUGCGCCAUGAAUCCCCUAAAGCAGUCCCCACCCGGAGACCCGAACGGGGGACUAGUUUACCUCCGGAUAGUGAGCAUUUUACCUUAGGGAGAUCCAU